AUGGCUCCACCAGCAGUUUUAAAGAAAUCCGGUGUCAUUUACGGACAAGACGUCAAGGACUUGUUUGACUGGGCGCAAGAAAAGGGAUUUGCCAUCCCCGCCAUCAAUGUCACUUCCUCCUCGACGGUUGUUGCCGCUUUGGAAGCUGCCAGAGACAACAAGGCUCCCAUCAUCUUGCAGGCCUCCAACGGUGGUGCUGCCUACUUUGCCGGUAAAGGGGUCAGCAACAAGAACCAAGAAGCUUCAAUUGCUGGCUCAAUUGCUGCUGCCCACUACAUUAGAUCCAUUGCGCCAGCCUACGGCAUCCCAGUGGUUUUGCACACUGACCACUGUGCCCACAAGUUGUUGCCCUGGUUCGACGGGAUGUUGAAGGCUGACGAAGAAUGGUUUGAAAAGACUGGCACUCCCUUGUACUCGUCGCACAUGUUGGAUCUCUCCGAGGAGACCGACGAAGAGAACAUUGGCACUUGCGCCAAGUACUUUGAGAAAAUGGCCAAGAUGAACCAAUGGUUGGAGAUGGAAAUUGGUAUCACUGGCGGUGAAGAAGAUGGUGUCAACAACGAGCACGUGCAAAAGGAGUCCUUGUACACGUUGCCAGAGACUGUCUUUAAAGUUUACGAGUCCUUGUCGAAAAUCUCGCCAAACUUUUCGAUUGCUGCUGCUUUCGGUAACGUUCACGGUGUUUACAAGCCAGGUAACGUUCAAUUGAAACCUGAAAUCUUGGGCGACCACCAACAAUACGCCAAGAAACAAAUCGGCACCGACGCACCUCACCCAUUGUACUUGGUCUUCCACGGCGGUUCCGGCUCCUCUCAAGCAGACUUUGACACCGCUAUCAAGAAUGGUGUCGUUAAGGUGAACUUGGACACCGACUGUCAGUACGCAUACUUGACCGGUAUCAGAGACUAUAUCUUGAAGAACAUUGACUACUUGAGAGCCCCAGUUGGAAACCCAGAAGGUGAAGACAAGCCAAACAAGAAAUACUUUGACCCAAGAGUCUGGGUCAGAGCCGGUGAACAAACAAUGUCCAAGAGAAUCACCGAAGCUUUGGAAAUCUUCCACACCAAGGACCAAUUGCCAUAA